CUGGAGCCCGGCCCGCGCCUGGGCCUCCCGGGACGCGGCGCUGGGCGCGGAGAUCCAGGUGGGCGCCCUGCGAGGGGACCGGGAUGCAGGUAUCAUUGAAAUUUUGAUGAAUAGACCUCAGGCUCGAAAUGCUCUGGGCAAAGUCUUUGUCAGUGAGUUGUCAGAUGCCCUGGAUGAGCUUCGCCUCGACAAGAGUAUCCGAGUUGUUGUGUUUAAGAGUGGCAUCAAGGGAGUAUUCUGUGCAGGUGCUGACCUGAAAGAAAGAGAACAAAUGGGUGAGGCCGAGGUGGCUGCCUUUGUGCACAAACUCCGGAGUCUGAUGAGCCAGAUUGCCACAUUCCCUGCGCCUACCAUUGCAGCCAUCGAUGGAUUUGCUCUGGGUGGGGGUCUUGAGCUGGCCUUGGCCUGUGAUCUCCGUGUGGCAGCUUCUUCUGCCAUCAUGGGACUGAUAGAAACAAGUCGAGGACUCCUUCCAGGGGCAGGAGGGACACAGCGCCUGCCUCGGUGUGUGGGAGUGAGCCUGGCCAAGGAGCUCAUCUUCACCGGGCGCCGAAUCAAUGGGGAAGAAGCGAAAAGCAUCGGGCUGGUGAACCAUGCAGUGCCUCAGAACCAGGAGGGCACCGCUGCCUACCACAGGGCCCUCGAGGUUGCCAGGGAGAUAGUGCCACAGGUGAUGGAGCUGGGGGGUAGGGCAUGGGACCCUCCCAUUCCUUCCUGCAGGCAUCUGCCACCUUCCCCAUACACAUCUGCCACCCUCCCCGUACACAUCUGCCACCUUCCCCGUACACAUCGACCCUCCCCAUACACAUGUACCACCCUCCCCGUACACAUCUGCCACCCUCCCCGUACACAUCUGCCACCCUCCCCAUACACAUCUGCCACCCUCCCCGUACACAUGUACCGCCCUCCCC